CGUAAAUAUCUUAAUAUUGCUUAAAUGUGGUGCAAAUAAUAAUUAUACAAAAAUGGACGAACAACUGAUUUUGAAUGAAUUUCCAGAAUUCCAAGAAUUGUUAAUUAAAAAUAACUUUUUUGAAGAACAGGAUCUAUUAGAUUUAUUGGCUAAUUGUGGACCGGAUAAAGAAAAUCAAUUAACAGUAAUAAUAGCUAACAUUGAACUGAGAGAUCCAACAGAAAUCGAGAGAUUCGCUCAGAUUAUGCAGUCCUCAGGUCUGGCCAUUGAAGACACGAACAGACCUUCAGAUGAGACGGACAGCAGUUUAACGAAUCUAAAGAACCAAUGGAUGAUUAGGUUUAAGGAUCUUCUUUCAACCCCCAAAACUUUGGGUGAUAACUUUACGGUGAAAAAUGCCACUAAAAUCAAGAGUAAUAAAUAUGGAGACGUCUACUCAAUGACAUCCCGGCCCCGAGGGUUCUGUGUUAUAAUUGAUAACCAAUUGUUUGCCGGAACUACUCUACCCUUCAGGACAGGCUCCAGAGCCGACGCCUACAGACUGUCGGAUGUCUUCUCUCAACUCCAUUUCGAUAUCAAAUACUUCGUGAAUAAGACGAGUCAUGAGAUGAAGAAUUUAUUACAGAAUGUGAUUGCAAUGAGUGAACAACUCGUAGAACACGACGCUCUGGCCGUCGUUAUCCUCUCGCAUGGCAUUAAGGAUGAGAUCUAUGGCACUGACGGCAAGACUAUAGCCGUGGACACAAUUCUCGAGUUCUUCAAUAACCAGAAUUGUCCGGCGCUUAUAAAUAAGCCCAAAAUGUUCUUCUUGAGCGCCUGUAGAGGAUGUGAGUAA